UUGACAAGUAUCGCCUGUUCCUAUCAUCAAGUGUAUCAAAACGCGGGAACUACAUCAAUGCCAUUACACUUCCAUCCUACAUCAAGAACAAGGCAUUUAUAAUAACACCUUAUCCCCUGGUAGAGGAUGCUGUCGACUUUCUGCGCCUGCUCAGUGACCACGAAUCAGAUGAAGUCAUUUGUAUGGAUCCUCUAAUGAAAGUUGAAUCAACAAAGAUGUGGCUACCAGCUGCCAAUAGCAAGAAAUCUGUCGCUCCAUACACGGUAAAUUGUGGACAGGAGCAAGUCACAGAUAUCAAAUGUUCAACAAUCAACAUUAUCCAAGAUGGGGCAAAUGACGAGGGAUGUUCCGUGUCGAUAAUAGAACCAACAGGAAGCUUGAAAAUAGUAGAAAACUCACAGGCAACAAUACAGAUGUUACAUUUGGUUUCAUCUGCACUUCAAAGUAAAACUGAGGGUCCCAUUACAGUAGUCAGCAGGGACGGAGCAGCCCUUUGUGGAGUUUUCUGUACCGUGUUUAACACACUACAACAGUUGUCUAUGGACGUGGAGGUGGACAUAUUUACUGCCGUCCGUCAGCUACAAAUCAGACGACCGGAGCUCUGCUCUACUUUGGAGGAGUAUAUGAUGAUCUACAAUGUUGUUCUGGACUACAUCCGGGCACAAGAGGAAACAGCAGAGGAAAAUAUUUAUAGCAACCAAUGACAACAUUCUCGAAUAAAAAUGUAGAUGACUUUUUGGGGAAAAUACUUGUAGGAAGACAAAAUAUUGAUUUGCGAUAUAAAAACUAUAAAAUAUCUCUUUAUCAUAUUGCAUAACAUCUGCGUUCAUUUAAUGACUAAAGUACAUUAAAUCAAAUGUAGUAAUUCAUUUUAUUGUUUAACUGGCUUUAAAUUAAAACAUUUUAAUUUUCAUGUACAUAUAUUUUGUUGCUAUUGUUUGUAUUACUACUGUAAUUCUAUGAACUUGUGCAUUGUAAAAUGAAUACUUUACGUUGUUUACUUUUUCAACUGCAUUACAAAACACUUAAAUAUUUUUUUCUUGUUAAAUUGGAAUAUAGAUUCCCCAUGCUUGAAAACACAGCAGAGAAAGCAUGUAUUUUGUAAUUAAAUGUAUAUCUCUUUGAAAGUCCAGAAACAUAAAUCAUUGAAAGUAUAUUUUGUGAAUAUAGCAAUUCAAAUUUUUGUAUUGCUUAAUGAAAUUUUGAACUUGAAAACUUUUCUUUAUCUCCAUGUGGAAAGUCAAAAUCUGUUAUAUGAAAGGUACCUUCAGAUUUCUCAAAUUUGAGAGACAUCUUCUCUCAAUGAUCCUUUCGAAAUGUUGUUUGGUGAGAAUUCGGAUAUAAUUUUAUGGUUACCUGAGUAACCUCAUGUGACCUAUUGCUAUCUGUUUUCGUCAAUCGUUGUUCUUCGCGCGCUAAAAUUUGAACAUUUUGAGCUUCUUCUCUGAAACCGCUUAACUAAUUUCAACCAAUUUUGGCAUAUUCAUGUAGCAUCCAGGGAAGGAGAAGAAUA